AUGGAGUGUGGAGAGGUAGCAAGCGCAGAGGCUGGUUUGGGCCAGGGCAGCUCAGUGCCCCCAGCCCUCAUGGACAACCCCCAGGCCAGGCUGACUGUGGUGGUAGAAGUUGAGAGUGGAAGAGAAUCAGGCCCUGAGGACACAUGUUGCCCCACACUGCUUCUGGAGGGGCCCCAGAGCAUCUGCCUGCUUCAGCCGGAGACUCUAGACACUCAGGAGGCUGAGCAGGAGCUGCUAGCACGAGUCCAGUCCACACUAGGCUUGGUGGCCCGAGGGUACAGUGUGUCCCUACUGCUUCGGGGUCGGGAAACAGAGACACCUCGGCUUGUACCUCAGCUGUUGCAGAUGCUGUUUGAGGAAACUCUGCCCCACAGCGGCGCUGUUCCUGGGGUUAGCACCCUUAGCCUGGUGCAGCUCAGCCCCAGUGGAAAGACUCAGGACCUGCUCUCUCCAGGGAGAGAGAACCUAUCGGUGUUAGACGUGUCCCCUUUGGGCUUGGUGGUAGAAAAUGCCAGUGAGGUGGAGGUGUCCGACUCAAGAGCUGCCUCAGAGCUGUACUUACAAGCUGCAGGGGAUGAAGGCAGGGCCUGCUCUCUGCUCACUGUCACCAUGUCCUGCCCAGGGCCUGACCCUCCCGAGGGGCCUGGGACCCGGGGUAUGUGGCGAGGGGCCUUGAGGAUCCUGCAGCUCCCCAGAGACCUAGAUUGCCCCCUGCUGCAGGUGUUGGCUGGUAAGGUUAUUGGUGAGGAUGUAGAGGGCUCUCUGCCCUGGAUUGUGUCAUGGCUCCUGGAAGGAAACAACUACACUGGUCUUCUUCUUCGCCUGGACCCUCAAGGUGGCUCCCUGAGCUUACUCAGAGCUGCUCUGUUGGGGGCCUCGGGAAGGAGGAUGCAGGUGAAACAGGUGAGGCCCACCCAGUGGGAUGCAGUAGAAGAGGCACGUGCCCGCCGGGCAAACCUGAAGAGCCUGCGUUCAGGCCUCCUUGGAGACACCCUCACAGAAAGUGGGCUCAGCCAGCUGGGCAGGGCACUUCGAGAGUUGCGGGUGGUAAAAGCCUGGAGCCAGUGCCCAGGAAGCCAGAUGCUCAAAGGGGUCAAAGCUGAGGCUGUGGGGCUCCCAGAACUACAGGUGAUAGAUUCAACAGCAAGCCACAGCCCAGGCUUCCAGGGAGAGCCCAAAGGAGUAACAGCAUCUCUAGGACCUGGGCUCCGCCAAAAGCAUCCUCCUAGGGACUCUGAGGAACAGGCACAGAGGAAGAGACUUCAAGAACAGCACCAGAUAUGGAUCCAAGAGGAACUGAAGCGUUUGGAACAGGAGGAGGAAGAGGUGGAAGGUGACCAAGUCAAAGGCCUGGUGGCCAGAAAGGAGGCCUUCGAGAGGCAGAGAUGGCAGCGGGAGCAGACACUAUGGAGACUCCAGCUGGAGGCCCUUCAGGCAGAGCGGGACACUGCAGAGCAGGACCUCAUGGCCCUCUAUGACAUGCACGUGCAGGCUGCCCGGGCUCGGACAUGCCAUACACUGCAGGUAUUUCGAGCCUGGCGAGGGCUGUGGGAGGAGCAGACCAUGACCACAGAGCAUCACCACCGCAGCCUGCUGGCUGGUAUCCUGCAAGACACGCUCCAACUGGCCACACAGAACCAGGAGCUUCAAGCCCAGAACCAGCAGCUUCAGCAGGGUAUAGGCUAG